AUGAAUCAAGUCAUUAUAUCGGACUUGAAUCGGACGCCCAUCGUUCAGAUCCUCACUUGGUUCACUCUUGUUACCAGUCUGUUGGCAUUCUUCACGCACGCCGGUAUCAAGUUCUAUGUGUUCCGGAGCCUCACGAUCGAGUCAUGGCUCGUUCUUGCAGCCUUGGUAUUCUGCGUCGCACAGUCGAUCGCAGUGUCACUGCAAGCUCACUACGGCUUUGGCACACCGAUUGCGACAUUGGACGGAUAUCAGAUUGAGUCGAACCUGAAAUGUGAAUACGCUGCGAUGAUCCUCUUCAUCGUCUCCCUUGGCUUCUCGAAGCUUGCUGUCGUAGCAUUCGUCCAUCAAUUGACGCCCUCCGAACUUCAUCGUAGAAUCAACUUUGGCGUCCUGGCUGUGAUAACCCUGUGGCUGGUGUGUUCCGUGUUAGUCGCAGCGUUCGAAUGCCGGCUACCACGGCCAUGGGACAGGACAUUGGAUCGAUGCAUCGACCGUUUGACCUGGUGGAAUAUCGUUUCCUGUUUCAACAUCGUAACGGAGAUCGCGAUCGUGGCACUGGAACUGGUCAUAACAGCACAACUUCAGAUACGACGACAACGGAAGGCGGCGGUCAUGACUUUAUUCUCAUGUCGACUGCUCGUUCUCGUUGCUGCUGCGAUCCAGCUUGGCUUCUUCAACCGCGAAAGCACCGAUGCUGCCCUGAAGGACGAUCUGACACUCGGUUAUUGGCGAUCAACCAUCUGCAACCAGAUUGUACAAUGUAUUGCCAUUGUGACAACAUGCCUUCCAUACACCAAAUUGUUUAUGGAGGGUUUCGAAUCGGGGCUGAUGCGUUUGGACGACUUACGUCGUCGAGGGGAGCAUACCUCUAAAGACGACAGCAAAGGGGUAACGGUAAGGAUUUUGUACGAGGAUCAACAAGUCCAUCUCGGCUGGAAUGUUGUGCAUAAGCCGCUUUUCAUCUAUGCAGCUGCUGUAGUACUUGUUCCUACGGCAAUUCGCUUCUUACUUUAUUCUUUUGCGCUCAUCUCUCUUUCCCUUUCGUCGUCUAUCCGUAUCACAGGUCCCUUGAUUGUUUUUCUUCUCGGUUUCCCUUGUCGCGUUGGUGAUACAAUGGCGUCGUCUACGACGAAGAGUGGCGAUGUCGAGCUGAUCGUCACGCCGACUCAGUCUACCAACAAGACUGACGACCUUGCGCUGGCGAGACUGGGAAAGAAAGCUGUACUAAAGCGCCGGUUUGGUUUCCUAUCCAUCCUAGGAUUCAGCUGUACCGUUUUGAUCACCUGGGAAGGAUCUCUUGUGCUGUUCCUGGUCGGUUUCCAAAAUGGUGGGCCGGCUGGUGUCAUCUAUGGCUACCUUACCGUUUGGGUAGGCACUGUAUCCGUCUUUAUGGUUCUCAGCGAGCUUGUCUCAAUGGCGCCUACAUCUGGUGGUCAGUACCAUUGGGUGUCUAUGCUUGCUCCUCCAAGCUCCGCGAGACUGCUUAGCUACAUCUCAGGUUGGCUCACACUAUGCGGCUGGCUAGCUUCUCUUGGCUCCGGCGCCUUCCUGACCGGCGGUCUCAUCCAAGGUCUCCUCAUGCUCUGCCAACCUGACACCUACGUCCCGCAAAAUUGGCACGUUACCCUCCUCUACUGGGCCAUCAUCGCCUUCUGCGUCUUCAUCAAUAUCGCUGCCGGAUGGCUACUGCCCAAAUUCGAAGGCGCGCUACUGGUCUUGCAUAUCCUGGGUUUCUUCGCCAUCUUGAUCCCUCUUCUAGUGCUAGGACCGCAGGGCAAUGCUAAAGAGAUCUUCACAACGUUCGUCAACAUGGGUGGCUGGCAAAGCCAGGGAUUGAGCUUUUGUGUUGGGAUCAUGGGGAGUGUAUUUGCCUUUGUUGGUGGUGACGGGCCAAUUCAUUUGUCCGAAGAAAUCCACAAUGCACAGGUUGUGGUGCCUCGCUCCAUCAUGACCGGCAUUGCAAUCAACGGCUCUCUCGGUUUCGCCAUGAUCCUCACCGUGCUUCUCCGUAUGGGCAACCUCGACGAAGUGCUCGGUGAGAAUCCUGCUUUCCCCUUCAUGGCCAUAUUCCAUCGCGCUGUGCAAUCGCGAUCUGGUGCUGCAGUCAUGGCAUCGAUCGUCAUGGUCCUUACCAUCAGCGCGAACGUGGGCUUCUCCGCGUCAACAUCAAGGAUAUGCUGGGCCUUUGCUAGAGACAGAGGACUACCUGGAUGGAGAACUUUGAGCAAGGUCAGCGAUCGUACAUCCAUCCCCGUCUACGCCGUAGCCUUCACAAGCUUCAUCGCCUGCCUACUCGCCCUUGUAAACAUCGGAUCAACCAUCGCCUUCAACGGCGUAAUCUCCGUCGCUAUCGCCGGUCUCUUUUCUUCUUACCUGCUCACAUCAUCCCUUCUCCUUUAUCGCCGCUGCACCGGUGCCAUUCUCACCCCCAGCGAAGCUUUCGACACGGACACAACAUUUUCAUCCACCACCAGGGACGGAAUGUCACGCACCGUCUGGGGCCCUUGGCGCCUUCCCGGUGCCAUCGGCAUCGCGAACAAUGUCUUUGCUUGUGCGUAUCUUAGUUUCGUCUUCUUUUUUAGCUUUUGGCCGAGCUUUGCUGCUGUUACGCCUGCGAAUAUGAACUGGGCUGUUUUGGUCACGAGUGCCAUCGCUGGGAUCAGUGCGAUUUAUUAUGCGGUUUGGGCGAGGAAGACGUAUAAUGGACCUGUUAUUGAGAUUGACGAGCGGGAUCUUAGUGGUAGGGUUAGUGUGAUUGAGCAGAGGCAUGAGUUGGGUAGUACCUAG